UCUCCUAGUAAAUUCCUCAUCUACGCCUGUCUGCUGCUCUUCUCUGUGCUGCUGGCCCUUCGUCUGGAUGGCAUCAUUCAGUGGAGUUACUGGGCUGUCUUUGCUCCCAUAUGGCUGUGGAAGUUAAUGGUCAUUGUCGGAGCCUCCGUUGGAACUGGAGUCUGGGCACGAAAUCCUCAAUAUCGAGCAGAAGGAGAAACAUGUGUGGAGUUCAAAGCCAUGUUAAUUGCUGUGGGCAUCCACUUGCUCUUGUUGAUGUUUGAAGUUCUGGUCUGUGAUAGGAUCGAAAGGGGAAGCCAUUUCUGGCUUCUGGUCUUCAUGCCACUAUUCUUUGUUUCCCCGGUAUCUGUUGCAGCUUGUGUCUGGGGCUUUCGACAUGACAGAUCACUAGAGUUAGAAAUCCUGUGUUCUGUCAACAUUCUCCAGUUUAUCUUCAUUGCCUUAAGACUGGACAAGAUCAUCCACUGGCCCUGGCUUGUGGUGUGCGUCCCUCUGUGGAUCCUCAUGUCCUUCCUGUGCCUGGUGGUCCUCUAUUACAUCGUGUGGUCCGUCUUGUUCCUGCGCUCUAUGGACGUGAUUGCAGAACAGCGAAGGACUCACAUCACCAUGGCACUGAGCUGGAUGACCAUUGUGGUGCCACUGCUGACUUUUGAGAUUCUACUGGUUCACAAACUGGAUGGCCACAAUGCUUUCUCUUGCAUUCCCAUCUUUGUUCCGCUGUGGCUCUCAUUGAUCACGCUGAUGGCAACUACAUUCGGACAGAAGGGUGGAAACCACUGGUGGUUUGGUAUUCGCAAAGACUUCUGCCAGUUUCUGCUUGAGAUCUUCCCAUUUUUGAGAGAAUAUGGAAACAUCUCAUACGAUCUCCACCAUGAAGAUACUGAAGAAACAGAAGAGACGCCUGUUCCGGAACCUCCUAAAAUUGCUCCCAUGUUUCGCAAGAAGGCCAGGGUGGUUGUCACCCAGAGCCCUGGAAAGUAUGUCCUCCCGCCUCCAAAACUAAAUAUCGAAAUGCCAGACUAAAGGGCCCUGGUGGAGCUGAGCACAGGUGCCUGGGACGAACAUCCUCCCUGCUUCCUCUGCACCUCCUUUACCGCAGACUGGAAUGGAGCUGGCCCUCCAGGGACAUCCCUCUCCUAUGCUGAUUGCAUUCAGUUCUGAUCAGCUGCCCACCACAGGACACAGGUGGCUGGUGAUUGGUGAUUGGUGGCGUGUGCAGAGAGAGAUGCCAGGGGGUGGGGUAUGUGAAAGAGGGAGGAAUCUGAUUGCUCCAGGGUGAGUACCUGUAGUGUGGUACCCAAUCAGCGAUGGCUGCUCCAGAGGCUUGCAGAAGAAGAGUCUGUCAAUGGGGCAGCUUUCCCAAGUGCUAAAAUCCCUAUCAGAAGAGUUACUGGAAGACAUGCUCUUCAGAGGGCUGCACCCUAGUCCAGCUCUGAGCUGUCCUGCUGCCUGCAGCCUGCCGGGACUGAUACUAGAUCUGAGCACACCUGGUGUGCAGACCCAGCACAGCCAUGCAUUUCCUGUCCCUCCUCUGCAGGGGUUUCCCUCUGAGCAUGAUGGGCACAGGUUUUCAUGGCCUCGUCCCUGAGCCCUUUCCCAUGGAGUGAAUGACUCCAUGCCUGUAUAGUAUUUAUACAAAUAUUUUAGCAUUGUAAUAUACGAUCUCAAUCCUAGUUCUGUACAGUAUACUCUUAAAGUAUUUUUUUACAAGCUUGCCCUGGAGACGGAAGUGUUCUGUUAUGGAAAUAGAAGUGAGUGGCAUUCCUACCUGGCCACAGAGAGUGAAGACCCUCUUGAAACAUGGCCAUUUGUGCCCAGACUUUAGUGGCUGCUCCUACCAGCACAGCCAUGACAUGCAAAAAUGUAUGUGCUCCCCUAUCGCACAGGGAGCAUUGGCCAGCAGAAACCUAGCAAGUGCUGCCUAAGGCUGGGACACUGGAGAAGGUGGCCAAGUGCAGAAAGCCUGGAGGAGCAGUGAGACUGCCCUCAAGGAGAGCGAGGGGCACCUGGCCGUGCUGGCCCUGUGACCAUGGUACAUCAGGCUCUGCCACUACAGCUCAUCCUGGUCCUACAAGUCAAUAGCCUCUACCCUGGAAUUGAGUUGGUCAUUUUCCAGAGGAUCAAAAGGAACACUGACCUUCUGAUCCCAGUGGCCAAGGCAGGCUUUUGAGUGACCAGCUGCUCAUUGGCCUCAGUUGGAAAGAAAUAACAUCCACCUCCUUCCUGCCCCUGCCCCUGCCCCUGGCAGUGGCCUCCAACAAUGCCAGUCUCUUUCAGGGGAAGGGGGACAGAACGUUGCAGCACUUCUGCUCAAUGUGUAAAAACUGUAGCUAAGUCCACUAUUUUUGCUGCCUGUAGUUGUCCA